UUUAAGAAAAUGAAGGGUUUCGAAAUAAAUUAUAAAAUACAACCAAUAAGUUCGGAUGCAAAAUCUCACACUCCAAAAAAUCAUGGAGCAAUACAUUGCACGCGCCGCCAUACCUAACCCUCCGCCACUCCCACUAAACUCCCAACACCUCUCCCGCCGCACCACUCUCUUCAACCGCCUCUUCGCCGCCGUUUACGCCGCUGCCAUUUUAUCUCUGUUUUAUUACCACUUAACUUCACUUCUCAAAUCCCCCACCUCUGUUUCUUCCUUCUUCGUCUCUAUUUCUCUAUUCAUCUCCGACGUCGUUUUAGCGUUCUUGUGGGCCACCACUCAAUGCAACCGUAUGAUUCCCCUCCGCCGCCGCGAGUUCCCUAAUAACCUCAAGCAGUUACUCAAAAACGAUUCGGAUUUUCCGGCGUUGGAUGUCUUCAUUUGCACUGCGGAUCCGUACAAAGAGCCACCAAUCAACGUCAUCAACACAGCAUUGUCCGUCUUGGCUUAUGACUACCCCACAACUAAGAUCUCCGUCUAUAUCUCCGACGACGGCGGCUCCGCCGUGACGCUCUUCGCUUUUAUGGAAGCGGCCAGAUUCGCCGCCGAAUGGUUGCCGUUUUGUAGGAAAAACCACGUCGUUGAAAGGAAUCCCGAGGCGUUCUUUGAGUCCAACCAGGAUUUGGACUCUCAAUCGGAGAAGAUCAAGAUAAUGUAUGCAAAAAUGAAAAUUCGAAUAGAAAAUAUUUUGGAGAAAGGGAAAGUUGGAGAAGAGUUCAUUAAUGGAGAAGAAGAGAGAAUGAUUUUGGGUAAAUGGACCAAUUCCUUCACUCCACGACAUCAUCCGACAAUCAUUCACGUAUUGUUGGAGAGCAGUAAGAACACAGACAUAACUGGAGAGUCAUUACCAAAUCUCAUCUAUGUUUCGAGGCAAAAAAGUGAAACUUCACGACACAAUUUCAAGGCUGGUGCUCUUAAUGCUCUGCUGCGAGUGUCAGCUACAAUGAGCAACGCACCGAUUGUCUUGACUUUGGACUGUGAUACCUAUUCCAACGACCCGCAAACACCUCUUCGGGUGUUGUGUUACUUUAUGGACCCAAAAGUUGGAACCAAUUGUGGCUAUGUUCAGUUCCCUCAACGAUUCCAUGGGAUCAGCAAGGAUGAUGUGUAUGGCAGCGAGUAUAUGCGGCUGUUUAUAUUUAACCCAAUUGGUAUGGAUGGGUUGUUAGGCCCAGGCUAUCUUGGCACCGGGUGUUUUUUUGUUCGACGAACUUUCUUCGGUGGCCCAUCGACGCUCGAACCACCUGAGCUCCCCGAGCUUCACCCAAGUCAUGUUGUCCAAAACUCGAUUCGGUCUCGACAGGUGUUGGACUUGGCUCAUCUAGUUGCGAGGAGUGAUUAUGAGAUUAACACCAAAUGGGGUUCCAAAUUGGGGUUUAGAUAUGGGUCUCUAGUGGAGGAUUAUUUCACGGCGUAUCUACAGAAAUCGGAGGGGUGGAAGAGUGUGUUCUGUAAUCCAAACAGGGCAGCUUUCUACGGCGACGCUCCGAUGAACCUUCUGGACGCGGUGAAUCAAGUGAAGAGAUGGGCUAUUGGGCUUUUGGAAGUGACGUUCUCAAAGUACAGCCCAAUUACAUUCGGCGUGAGGUCCAUGGGCCUUCUUAUGGGUAUUUCUUAUUGUCAUAAUGCAUUCUGGGCGUUUUUGUGUAUUCCCGUCACGGUUUAUGCAUUUCUCCCCCAAUUGGCUCUUCUCAAUGGCGCCUCCGUCUUCCCUAGGGUUUGGGAUCCAUGGUUUUCAGUGUAUGCAUUUCUGUUCUUGGGAGCCUAUGCCCAAGAUCUUCUGGAAUUUCUUCAAGAAGGAAGCACAUUCCAGAAAUGGUGGAACGAUCAGAGGAUUUGGAGCGUAAGAGCGCUGUCUAGCUACUUCUUUGCAUCCAUUGAGUUUUCGUUGAAGUCUCUUGGGAUUUCCGCGCUAGGUUUCAAUGUCACCAGCAAAGUUGUCGACCAAGAUCAGAGCAAGCGAUACGAUCAGGAGUUGUUUGAGUUUGGAGCCUUCUCGCCGAUGUUUCUGCCUAUGGCUACGGCGGCGAUUGUCAACUUAGUCGGUUUCGUUGGGGGACUUAUUGGGAUUUGGAGAUCCGGCGGCGCGUGGGAAGAAGUGUUUGUUCAGAUUUUUUUGGCUGGGUUUACGGUGGUGAAUUGCUUGCCGCUUUAUGAGGCCAUGGCGUUUCGGAAGGAUGGAGGGAAAUUGCCACGCGAAAUUACUUUCUUGUCCCUAUUCCUCGCUCUGCUUCUUUGCUCUUUUGCUGCUUUUUUCUCUUCAUUUAACUGAGGGGUUUUCUAG